AAGCGUCACACACACUAUGAACAGGUAGAAGGGAGGUGCAGAGCGCUUCCCCAGCUACUCUCAAGAGUCUACUUGUUGAUUCGGCCCAUGUGGGAGAGGACAGGGGAGACUGGACAUAGUGAUGUCUGUUUAAAACUGUUAUAUUUUUCAGUAUGUCGGUACGUAGUCCAUGAUGCCUCCACCAGCUCCAAGCAGAGCGCCGGAGAUCUGGACGGACAUAAGUUUAAACGCAUUUACUCUUGAAAUGUUGCGAGUGCGCGUCCAAGAGGUGAACCGGGAUAUAUGGAAGACUGCCACAGGAAAGGAUGACGGACCCUGAGGUGGUCACCAACAGGACUAUGUCUUCUUAAUCUGCCAGACUCCAUCGUCCAGUCUUUUCAAGCGACUGAGUGACUUGAGUGAAGAUGAUCAAAGCAAGUUCUCAGUCGGCCAGCACUCUGCCGCCAGAUACGAUGGACAUCAUCCGGAGCAAGAACCACUGCAGCCGAGUGAGACUCAACGUCGGGGGCCUUCUCCAUGAAGUCCUGUGGAGGACGUUAGACAGGCUGCCCCGCACAAGACUGGGCAAACUGAGAGACUGCAACACCCAUGACUCUAUCAUGGAGAUAUGUGACGACUACAGCUUGGACAGCAAUGAGUACUUUUUUGACAGGCACCCCGGCGCCUUCACCUCCAUCCUGAACUUCUACCGCACUGGGAAGUUGCACAUGAUGGAGGAAAUGUGCGCCCUGUCUUUUAGUCAAGAGCUGGACUUCUGGGGCAUCGAUGAGAUCUACCUGGAGUCCUGCUGCCAGGCCAGGUAUCACCAGAAAAAGGAGCAAAUGAACGAAGAGCUCAAAAGAGAAGCCGAGAACCAGAGGGAGAGGGAAGGAGACGAGUUUUCCACCACAUGUUGUUCCGAUAAGAGGAAGAAACUCUGGGACCUCCUGGAGAAGCCAAGCUCAUCAUUUGCUGCUAAGAUCCUGGCAAUUAUCUCCAUCCUCUUCAUUGUGUUGUCCACCAUUGCCUUGUCUCUGAACACCCUUCCAGAGCUGCAGGCCCCAGACGACUUUGGUCAACCCACAGACAACCCACAACUGGCCCAUGUGGAAGCUGUGUGUAUUGCCUGGUUUACCAUGGAGUACUUGCUUCGUUUUCUCUCCUCCCCCAACAAAUGGAAGUUCUUUAAAGGUCCUCUAAAUGUUAUUGACCUGUUGGCCAUCCUGCCCUACUAUGUCACAAUCUUCCUAACAGAAUCCAACAAAAGUGUGUUGCAAUUUCAGAAUGUCCGUCGUGUGGUUCAGAUUUUCCGGAUCAUGCGGAUCUUGCGUAUUCUCAAACUGGCCCGUCACUCCACAGGUCUUCAGUCUCUGGGCUUCACUCUUAGAAGGAGCUAUAAUGAACUGGGCCUGCUCAUCCUUUUCUUGGCCAUGGGCAUCAUGAUAUUCUCCAGUCUGGUGUUCUUUGCAGAAAAGGAUGAAGAUGACACCAAGUUCAAAAGUAUCCCAGCUUCUUUCUGGUGGGCCACCAUCACUAUGACCACAGUAGGUUAUGGAGAUAUCUACCCAAAAACCCUACUGGGAAAGAUAGUUGGAGGUUUGUGCUGCAUCGCCGGAGUACUGGUGAUAGCUCUGCCUAUCCCCAUCAUUGUAAAUAACUUCUCUGAGUUCUACAAAGAGCAAAAGAGGCAGGAGAAAGCCGUUAAAAGAAGGGAGGCCCUGGAGCGAGCUAAGAGAAAUGGUAGCAUCAUCUCUAUGAACAUUAAAGAUGUAUUAGGCCGCAGUGUAGAGCUCACAGAGGUAAUGGUGGAAAAAGAUGAUGACAAUAAGAAGGCUAAUGAUAAUCAUGUGUCUUCUAGUCAGCAGAAAGGGACACCAAAACUCAAGUCACAAACCAGCAGUGGCAGCCCCACAGAGACGGCUCAAUCAAGCUACCAAGAGCAGGCCAAACCUACUGGCAGCCCUCAACAUCUCAGUGCACAGAAACUAGAGGAGAUGUACAAUAAGUUGGCAAAGACCCAGUCACAACCCAACCUCGACAGCAAGGAAAAAAGGCCGCUGUCGAAAGCAAUUAGACAGAGAGCAGAAUUUGAGUUGGAAAGCAUCCCCACUGAAGUUACCCCAAUCAAGGGGGAGGCAGUAACAGAUAUGAAGAGCACAUCCAGCAUUGACAGCUUCAUCAGCUGUACCAUUGACUUACCUGAGAGCGCUCAUUUUUCCCACAGCCCCAUCAGCAACAUGCCAGUGAGGGUGAGCACCAUCCCCAGUCUGAAGCCCACUUUAGAGAAUGAGCGUGAAGGAUCCCAGAGUGCCAUCACGCCCCUGACAGGACGAGGCACCAAGCCCAGCCCAUACUCUGACAGCCCCAGGGGCCUGCACUUCCACAACCAGCUAAAAAGUCGCUCGCUCAAGGUCAACUUCAGAGGUGGUGAGGAUUCAGGUACAGGGCCCCUCUCAGACAGCUCAUCAGUGCAGAGCCCAGAGGUGUCCAUCUACACAACUGCCAGCAGUAGGACACCCAGCAAGAGCCCAGAGAAUUUAUUGCCCUGCAUCUUCACAUUCCACGACACAUCCAUCAGUAAGUACAUUGAUGCUGACACGGAUGAGGAAGAGCACCUACAUGACGGCUCAGGCACCAACAUAUCUCAAAGACUCCUGGAAAGAGCCAGCCCCAAGUUUGGCCAUCAUUCCAGCUUCCAGCAAGGGUCCGACCAUAUGGGGGGCCUCCAGAAGAAGCUAGGUAACAGCACACUGCCAUUAGAGGGGCGGGAGAACCAUGUGGCUCAAGAACUACAGCCACUUCAGGGAGAGAAGAGUCACUCUAAUGCCUAGAGUUACAAUAAGUGGUAUGCCACGGAGGGAAGAGGAAGGUGCAGAGGGGUUGGAGUGCAAAUAAGAAACACAGUGAACUUCCCUAAAUAUGAAACCAUUUUCAGGAACAUUUAAAGAAUUAGAAUACAAUAAUUAAUCCAUGAAAGAAAACUAGUUAUGAAAGAUGAAACAUAUUCUGCUGUCCAACUUUUUCCUACCAGUUUUGUCCUAGAUUAUAAUCUAAUAAUAACAGCCUAGUUGUAAGAGUACAGAAUAUCUUUUUUAUAAGUAAAAACCUAUUUUUCUGACAUCCCUGGAUAAAGCCACUAACAAAGGCUGUCCAAUCAGUAGCACCCCAGGGUAUUGAAACAUGAUACUGGAAGCUUGGAAACACACUCAGCUGAAAUAGUUCAAAUAAUUAUGUAGUGCAAAGAGCGAACAUACAUUUUUCUUAAAGUUACGGAUACCCGGUGUAUAAUUACAGCAUUACAAAUAUGUUGGGAAUAUGGAUAGUUUGCUUCCUUUAGCUUUCUUCCUCAAAACUGGCCUUAGUUCAUAUUGACUCCCAUGUUUUAUGUUUGUAUGAGUGAAAACACAGGAGACACACAGACAGCAUGUGAGUGUGUGCAAUAAUUAUCUUUCAGUAUAUUUAUUGGUCUCUUGUCUUAAGUGUGACCUUAAGGAGAGUCAGUGUUGCAAUCUGUUUCUGUUGAACAGAAUUUUAGCGUCUUGCUCGUCGAUAUUUUUUUACCGCACAAAAUACAUUUAGACAACACAGAGAAACACUGUGAGGCUGCAUUCGCUGAUUUCUUUCUUGUUCCAGUUGUGCCCAACAGCUGGCAAGAGAGCUGGCACCUUAACAUAAUAAUUUUUUAUUAUGAAGACAGAAAAAAAAUACUUAUUUGUUUUGUUUGUUUCUAAAUGUCUGUGUGUCCCUCAGACCGUUAUGACCAGAGUUCAUAUUGCAACUGGAAAAAAGAAAAAAAAAAAGCAGUCGUGUUAUUUCAAAACUUUCAGAGAAGUUGACAUUUCUACUGUAGCUGAUAAAGUUAACUUUAUAUAAAGUGACAGUGCUUAUUAGCAUCACAAUAGCAGGAGAGAUUAAAGAUUUUUGUAGGAGUGUGACUCUUGUAAGGUAGAUUAUAACAAAAAUACCCAUUUAUUGUACAAAAUAAAGAAUAAAAAGCAUUUAUAUUUUUAAGAUAUUUUAUAAAAGAAUGAACUCUUAGACAAAAUAUAUUGUGCUAAUCUCAUAGUUUUGCAUUUCAAAAUAAGAUACAGUAUGUACUGCAUUAUUUUGAUGGGGUUACAUUUGUUAGACAAUAGAUACAUUUGUAUCAUUUGGUACUGUGUCAGUGUAAAUGUCUGUCCCCAUAUCCUUCGUGCAAUGUGAAGAACCAAAGAACUGUUCUUUCUGAUAGCUCAUACAGAUUAUAGACAGUUUUACUAUAGUAUCUCAAAAUGUUAGGAACUUAAGCAUCCCUUCUUUAAACAGCAGACUGGGACAUAUAUCAGGGAGCCAUACUUGUUCAUUUGGUACAAACAGGUAAGCUGGAGAAUGCACAGAUGAGAGGACUGGCCUGUGAGGAAGGAAACUGCUGAAGGAGGAUUGAACUAAAGGAGGAAGAAGGAAAAUGAAGAGGGAACACAGCACUUUAUUUUACACCCGAUAUCAAAAGCUAAUACACUGUGGAUUUUGGCAAGUGGUUCGCUUCCAGAAAUCUCUUGCAAACAAAAAGCCACCUCGCAGAUAUGUACAGCUAAACACUCAGGCACACAAACAGCGUGGAGGUAGAUUGUGUGUCGGUACAGGCCACUGUAGUUCAACCAAAUAUCCUGCAUCAGGCUUUUCUGUGUGCACCUGACUCCAACCAUGUGACCGGUCUGGGUGUUGUUAAUCUGGUGCUCUCAUGCUCUUUGUUAUAUUAAUCAUGCAAGUGUGGUUUUAUAACAUUAACUUUACAACAUAUCAUGCAAACAUACUACAAAGCAUCUAUUUUUAGUAGUGUAUCUUUACACUUACAAAAAUAGAAGUGUUUACUCUGUAUGGUUUAGACAUGAGAUAUGAGUUAGAUAUUUUUGUGCCUUUUCUUUUAACAGACACCUGCUCCACACACCGAAUCUUUUAGUGCGCCCUGUCUAAUGGAGACCCAUGGAGAACUAAACAAACUGCACUGAAAACAAACACACAGGGAACUGGGUCAUCAUGCUGCCCUCUCUCCGGUGUAUUUCCUGUGCACUUACACUUAAAUGCACCAUCCAUUUACAUGAAAAAGACCCAAUACAGAAAAACAAACAGGUGCAGAUGACCACUGUUUCCAUGGUGAUGGGUGAGAUGACAGGAGAGCUGUCACAUAGCCACAUUUGAUAAAAGCCGAGUUUAAUUUCAUAAAGACGGAGUACUUACAGAAUCAAAUAAAUCACUAAUAGUCAUAGCAUGUUUAUUAUAUUCAUGCAUUUAUUCAUUCAUCCCAACUGCUCGCUCCUCACCUGUAGCUUCAGUUUGCUGAAGCUUAAAUUACUAAAAAAAGAAAACUACAUUUUAGACCUUUCACUCACCAUCCCUUCUUUCCUCCAAUUGCAGCAAAUUAAAAGAGAAAACAAACAUCCACAGCAAUGUAGGCAUGAAUCUAAUGUGCUGUUGCUAUGAUGUGCAUGUUCACUUCAGCUACUUAUUCCUGUGGAGGGAGGGAGUGUGAAAUGUGAAUGGAAUAAAAACAAGUGGAGUGUGACAGAGAGAGCAGUGCUGCAGAGCUGUCAGCCUGAUUACAACUGACAUCCCUAAUGACAGUUGUUAGCACUGUGCUCCUUCGUCUCAUAUCCAGCUUCAGCUUAAAUAACUAACACAGACAAGAUGAUCCUUCAGAUCAUUGUUUGUCAGCUCUCAGCUUCGUUUUGCCCUUUUGAGAGGGCAAAGCAUUCCUCAGGCAACACAACUAAGCACUAGAAACUAAGUUACACAGGCAUAUUAGGUACACGUGUGGUUUUCCAUUUCAAGCACCAGCCUUGUGCUCGAACCUUUUGUGCAGAAUGACAGUGCAAAAAUGGCAGCUGAUUUGAGGCAUCCAUCUGAGGAUGUGUUCAUUUCUAUGAUUCUAUAAAUAACAUCCUUGGCAAUGGAAGGGAAGGUCUAGGCUAGUAGGAAAGAUACUCUUACAGCAGUGUCUUUUGUCAAAUGCCUCAUACGAGUCCUGAGGAACAAACUUUGUAACCAAGGGGUCUGGCAAAAAAGGGGCUGUGGAGGCUUAGAGGAAACAAUACAAACAGUUAUUGGUGUGUGGGAUUCAUUACAGCACUUAGCGCUGCAUGGAAAUUGGGUAAAAAUGUCAAACUGACAAAUGGCCAUAUGACAUUUACUACUGAAGUUCUGAUGAAAUGGAAUAAAAGGCUAGAUGGAUUAAAAAAAGGGGAGGCGUGUUACACAUUGAUGUGUGAAGACUCAUUAACAUUCAUCACACAACAGUCAGACAUGCAGUAAAUACUGAGAAAUAUUUGGAAAUGAGCCUCUCAUCAUAGUGGACUUACUUCCAAACAAGCCAUAGUCUGCUGUUCUCUAUUAGAUGAAUGUCAUCAAUGUCCUUAUUGCUUUUUAUAUAUUUGUUUUUCUUGUCUUCUAAACUGCACCUUAUCAUCCUCUGCUGGUCAAAUGAUCCCACAAUUAAAAACAUCAACAUUCAAAGGUGCAUACUGGUUCAAAUAUAAUUUUCAAAAGCACAAGUUAUAAUGUUAACAAUUGUCUUUACACACAAUAUGUCACACAAGAGGUUGUAGUAAAAUGCAGACAACUUAAUUUUCUGAAUUGUCCCCUUUCUUCAGGGAGUUAGCCACAUCUGUUCAGCACGUAGGCCUGUACGAUACCUGUACUGUGUCUGGGGAAGUGUUUGGUUUGUAAUGUCUCAGACUUUGUACCAGUUGACUUUGUAGAAGAUUAUAUUUGCGGUUUCCUGUUGCAUGUAGCGCUAUUAAAAUACUUUGACACAGAACUUGUAAAUAUGAUCCACGAGGCUAUAGGAAAAUGUCUAUGAUAAGCAAUUUUGAAGCA